CGUGUAGCAGCAAGCACCUACAAUACAAAUUCGUCUUCAAUUAAUGAAACGUUCGCGGUUCUCUUACACACCCACAAAAUGCUUACUUAGACGGUUAAACCAACAGAGAUGCCAAACGGCUUGUUUUUCUCCCGUCUCUCUCUUGCUCGUACUUCUGGUUUGAAUUUUGACAUUUUCCAACUAGCUGAGGUCGGAGAAUCUGUUCUUCGUCAAUUCUCCGGCGUCCGGAAUCUGUUUUGGAUGUGUUGAUUGUGUCAAAUGUAGACUCUGCUUUAGCUGCUACUCUGAAAUUCUGGAAUCAAGUUUAAGAUGUCAUUUGUUCACUCUUGUGCUAAAACAUGUUUCUGGGUGUCAGGACUGGGACUUGGGAGUGUAGGGAUGCUUGAAGGCUGAAAUGGUAAACAGUAAAGUGGUUAAGACAUAUGUACGAAAGCGGACAUUAUCAAGAACUGUACCUACUCAUGGAAUUCAAUGCUCAAGUUCAACCUCUAAUUUCCAAAAUGAUAAUUUCUCAGGAGGAAUAAAUCAGCAUGUUGAAUCAAGUAAAAAGCAUUUGCCUGAAAAUGAGAAAGGAGAUGCAGAGCUUUGUACCAAAUCUUCUGAUGAUGGUGGCAACCUGCUGCACUGUGGUAUCUGCCUUCGGCAUUAUCAUCUUCAAUGCAAUGAACCCCCAACUGAGCAUAUUGCUCAUAAGAAAUGGCUAUGCUCUGCUUGUGCUAAACAAGAAAACUCUGGAAAGAUUCUGCAGCAUGAGGUCCUGGUGUCAGGUAAAAAAAGAGAAAGGAAGUGUAUCAAAGGAUCUGGAGAAAGACCAAUCAUCCUUCAUUCUCAUAAAGUUCUUCCAAAAAGGAACGCUGGUGAGGAUGCCUCUGUGAAGAAAACAAGUGGAUCCCUUCUGAAAGAUACAUCCGCCGGAAGUACUUUUAAUUACAUUGAUAAGAGUUCAUGUUCAAGCAUGUUUUCUGGAUCUGUUCACAAGACUGCAUAUACCAAAGUAAGUUCAGAUACGAAUGUGGUAGAUAUGGAAACAGAAAUCAAAAUAACUUCUGUAUGUGUAGAUUCAAUGCUUGAAAAGAAUUGCAGCCUUGGGUGUCCAAGUGUCUCCAUGCUGAAGGUAGUUGAUUUAGAGAGCAAAAAUUUCUGUUCUAACAAUAAGCCUCUACUGUGUAAUGGUGAACUUCAUAAAGAGAAAUAUAGUUCCCCACUAAUUACUUUCAGUCGAAGAGCCAAAAAGAAAGGGGCUGUUAAUAGCAUUGAUGCACCAAUGCAGUCUAUGAUUGAAGGGAAAACAUUUUCAGAGAACAGAUGGUGCAACUCCACAUUAGAUAUAAGCUGUUAUUAUGAAGGAUCCUCACAAAAAUGUGGCUUAGUAGAUUGGCAGAAAGCUUUAAUACCAUCAAGAGAAAGUCCAAAAAUUAGUCAUUUGACUCCUUCAAGAGGAGAUGAGGGUGUGAGUUCCACCAUGCACCCCAAAAUUCCUUCAGACACCCAAGAAGAUCAACCUAUAAAAUGUACAAAAACAUCCUCGAAGGAAACAGUUGUCAUGGUAAGGAAAAGAAAACAGUUCGAUCUACCCAAGAUUACUAAUACUGGAGACAAAACUCAAAUCAUUUUAAAUGAUGGUGUGAAUGGAACUGUGAAGCCUGUUGUUGGUCUUUUAGGAGAUCGAGACACCAUGGGCCAAAUGGAUCCACCUGUAUCACUUCCUGGUUCACAUGAUAUGAUAGGACCAAGCUGCUGCAAAACUAAUGAAUCUGCAUCUGGAAGUUCUCUUGAAUUUCCAAAUUGCUCAAAUAAUGCCAUUUAUUUACACAAAAAGGUUACUCAUAAAGGCAAAUGUUUGAAGUUUUUGGAACUUGUUGAUAAGACAGUGGAGAAGAGGCAAUCUUCAAAUCAAACGCUGGUGGGUAAAUGCACAUGCAUUAAUAGGGAUGAAAGUGGCAGUAGCUACAAGGGUUAUCGAACAACUUCCACUUUGCUGCCAAUCGAUAUUUCUUCACAGGAUCACUAUCAGCAGGCAGAUAUUGAUAGCUUUCCAGAAGACAAUAUCAAUGAGAUGACUCCAGUAGUCUGCAUUCCACCAGAACCAACCGAUUGUGCAGAUUUUAAAGGGAAAAUUUUUCCUACUCAGUCAGGGAAAGAUGAUAAUCAGUGCAAACAAAUAUUAACAAAAUCUUUCCUAUGCCAUCCCCAUUUUCUUGGUUUAUCUCUGCAAUCAGAGCCUGCAACUGCAGUUGAUGUCUCAGAGGGUUGCUCCUCUGUAUCUUCAUUUCCAAAUUUCAUUCUUAAACAAAGAGGAUCUAUUCAGAAUUUGCUGCCCCAACCUGGUUCGGACCAGUCAAGGCACAAGUUGAUGCUCGACAGUUCUGUAGCAAGAGGAAGAGCAUUAAAGGGAAGCAUGGCUUGUUCAUCAGAUAAGCUCCAGGGAUACAAAACUGCAUGGUCAGAAGAGGAAUUAGAUUUUCUUUGGAUAGGAGUAAGGAGACAUGGAAGGGACAAUUGGGAAGCCAUGUUACGUGACUCAGGGCUGCAUUUCUCAACAUGGAGGGUGGCAAAGAACCUGGAAGAGAAGUGGGAUGAGGAACAAUCUAAGCUUUUGAAUGGUGCACUUUUUCAACCACUGAGGUUGGCAAGUCAACAAGUCACUCCAGGCACUGACAGUGGCUUAUGGACGAAGGAGACACUAGAGGGUAACGGUCAUGGGAACUUUUACACCAAUAGUCAUAGAAUUGAAAUACCUGAUGUUCUUUUAGAUGAAACUCAACUUUCUCUUGGAGAUGUGUAUUCCCAAAGAGAUCGAAAUAUCCCAAAGAGAAUUCUAUCCAAUUUCCCGAUCUCAACUCCUAGUCACCAAUCACUGGCAGAACAUAACUGUCUAGACAGAGUUUCUAGUGUAAGGAGUAGCUCAAGAAAUUUUCUUCCAAAAAUUGGAACUAAGCAAGUCAAGAAACAUUCUCAGUGCCAAAGGAAUCAGUCAUCUUCAGACAGAAAAUGUGCAACAUAUGGUAGUGAUCAGUUUCCCAUCCUUCAGCAGAAACCUAUUGAUAGAACAGCAAAUUAUGGGCUGCAAAAUGCAGAGUUGCUUGAUCAUGGGGAAGAAAGCAAAGGAACUUCAAAUUAUUCCCCAUCUUCAGAUUUUCCACCAUCUGGUUUUCCCCCAAAAGUCAGUUUACCUCAUUGGCUCAAAGAAGCUGUAAAUAUUCCUCCAAGGCCAAUAGAGUCACCACUAACUUCAGCUAUUCCACCCACCAAGCAGUUGUCAAGUUUUCUUUACAAUGACCAACAACAGGCUGUCCUUCCUUUUUCCAGCCCUGAUGCACUGCCAUUCCAACCAAAAGAUUCUCAAGGGCUAAAGAUGAACAGAAUCAAUAACAAGUUCAUUGGUCUAAGGGAACCUGAAACAUUGCCACCUAUUGCCUGCUCUUUUCUGGGAACUAGAUUCAGUCAUCAUUCUAGCAUGAGUUCAAACUCUCUAAUGUCUGAAUUUGAAAAUCAAAACUUAAAUAUUGGUGCAGAUAAACUGAAUCUUACAUGUUCACACCUAGUUAAAACCAAACCAGAUGACUUGGUCCUCAACGACAAUGAUGCUUCUUCUGAAGAAACCAUAUCGGAUGAUCAAAAUGGUAGGCCACAAUAGGUACUUCUCACAAUCCCAAGUAACAGAUGAUUUUGCAAAUAAACUUGCGAAAUUGUAGUCAAUCAUAGAAGGGUAUUGUUAUUAAUGCAAGUAAGUUCUUUUUGUUUUUUGAUUCUUGUUGGAUAUUUGCAAGUAUCCUUGCUAAUAUCAUAUAAGGGUUUUGCCAAUUCCCUGUACAGUUGCAAAUGUAUAUUGUAAAUGAAAAAUGAGAAGGAUUUCAACUUCUUUUCCAUA